UUAAAAUUUAAAGAAAAAUCUUUAAGAAUAAUUUUUGGAUAUCUGUGCAUUGAAGGAACUUUGAAGUGAAUUUUUUAUUGUUCUUACUUUUUAAAAUAAAACAAUAUAAAACAAAUAAUAAAACUGUGGUUAUCAAAAAAAGAUAAAAAUAGAUAAGACAAAUUUAAAUAAAAUUAUUAGAUAAGUGAAAAUUUCUAUUUUAAAAGGAAUCAACCCAACACAAUUCCUCAAGUCUGUUGAACUCAUCAUCAUUCCAUAACGACUUAAAUAAUAACAGUAAUGAAUUUUACGAAAACGGUGAUAACGGGAGUGAGCAUGGAACUGUUAAUCUAUCAAAUCAGCAUAAUGAACGAGCUAUGAACGACGUUGAAUAUAAAAAUCAAAUAAAAAAGUUCACAAAUCAUCACGAUUUAAAUGACAACGCACUAGCAUCCUUAGACGAAGCAGAUAGCGAUGAUCAAAUGGACGCAGAUGAUUGCAAACCACAUGUAACAUUCAGCAUAACAGAUAGCAUUAAGAAGUCAUCACGCAGUUCAUCAUUAGCAGGAACAAAACCAAACGAUUCAAACAAUAAUCUUAACGACAUUGCGGCUCAUUUUAAUGAUUUUAUUUUCCCAGCCGAUCAGAACAACAACGAUAGUAAAAAGAUUGACGAGAAGAGUGAAAUUUUUCACGCUAAAUUGAGAAAUUUACAAAUGCAACAACUUUUACAGCAACAUGUCUUUUCACCACAUAAAUUGCAGCAGUUAAUUGUCAAUCAACCAGCAAUGUCAUCAACAAAAGAGUCGCUCUUUCAUUUCGAACAAAAACGUAAACAAAUGGAAAUGCUUAUGCAUCAAAUUCAGGAACAAUUGCAUGCAAAUAUCCUACAACAAACACAUUUGUUGCAGCAACAGUCACCGAAUGGUGAAAAUAAUUUAAAGAAAAAUUCAUCGACAUUUCAAUUGCAACAAAAAUUGGCGAUUCAACAGCAGGAACUGGCACAGCAAUUUCAAUUAAUACAGAGACAGUAUUUGUUGCAUCAGAGUGGAAUGCAGUUGUUGUUUCCGCAACAUCAUCAGCAGAUGCAGAAUCUUUCGAGUCACUGCAACGACUUUCAUUCGCCGAACAACAACAACAAUGACGACGUCGGUCAUAAAACGCACUCGAGUGAUACACAAAAGGGGCAUCUGUUUGACAAUGAAAUGAAUGCAAAAUUGAGCUUCAAAUCGAAUGACUCGAACAACAACAACAAUAAUAAUAAUAAUGGCAGCAGUAACUCAACUGAGAAUGAAUCAAUUGGAAAGGAAAAGGACGAGAUUGAGGCGAAGGAUGAGAAAGUCAUUGAGGUUAAUGGCAAUCGUGAUGGCAGUCCAAAAAGCGGGAAUGCAGCUGCUGUGCCACCGAAUUUUCUUCUCAAUGAUCUCAAUAGGAAUUUUCUAGCGACUGGAUUUGGACAGAGUGAACAUAUGAAUCAUGCUUUAAGUAAUCUUGUUGCUGGACAUCAACAGUAUCAGAAGUAUGGACGUGGGACAUGCAAGUGGCCCGGAUGUGAUCUGGUGUUUGAUGAUCUACAGACUUUUACUAAACACUUAAAUACCGAACACAGCAUGGACGAUUGCACAACAGCCCAAGCACGUAUCCAAAUGCAAGUCGUCUUUCAACUCGAAAUUCAAUUGCAAAAAGAGAAAGAUCGAUUACAAGCAAUGAUGCAUCAUUUGCACCUUACAAAAGAGUCAAUGGCAGCAGCAGCUGCCUUAGAGCAACGAAAUCAAAGUCACCAAAAAAGUGAAGGAAGUAGCAAAACGCCAAUAAUGGACGAACAAUUUAUUCCAUCGCAAGUGCAAAAUCAAUCACCACAGCAACCGUCACCGACAAGUCAACAAAUUCAUCAAAAUUCACGUAUACGAUCACCAUUGCACAAUGUGAUGCCAAUAAGGAGAAGGAUUACAGAUAAGAGUGCAAUGUCGUUGUCGGAAAUCCAGCGGAAUCGGGAGUUCUAUAAGAAUGCAGAUGUUCGACCACCAUUUACUUAUGCAUCACUGAUUAGACAAUCAAUUAUUGAAUCGCCCGAUAAGCAAUUAACAUUAAAUGAAAUUUAUAAUUGGUUUCAAAACACAUUUUGCUAUUUUCGACGAAAUGCAGCGACGUGGAAGAAUGCGGUGCGUCACAAUUUAUCGCUCCAUAAAUGCUUUAUGAGAGUUGAGAAUGUAAAAGGAGCAGUUUGGACUGUAGAUGAAAUAGAAUUUUACAAAAGGAGACCGCAACGUUGUACGUCGUCGUCUGGUAAUGGAGGUGGAAACGGAAAUGGACCGCAAUGCGAUGGUGGACACAAUGCUGUCGGGAAUCUUCAACGAGGUCCACGAUCAUUGCACAGCCCAUCACAGAAUCAGAUGUAUGGUGAAAAUAUGGCUUUGAAUUUGCAGAAUUUCUGGCUCUCACCAUCAAAUCUCUUAGAUGACAAUGGAACAAUGGCAAAUCAUAUCAAACAUGACAAAUUUCGCUCACAAUCACUGAGCCCAUCAAGAUCUCCAAAUGGCGUGCAGAACUUUAGCAAUUCUCACGAGAAGCUCGACUCUCACAUGGAAAUGAUGAAUGCAUACAGCUUCGAUCAUCAUCGACGCAAGUCACGAUUAUCACCAAGAAGCUUAAAAGAGCGUUUUUAUCAUUCACGCAACGACAGCUUAAACUCACCGGAAGAUUCAGAAAAUGCAUCAUCAGCUGCAUAUCAUAAUCAUCAUGCUGAGAAUCUCGUGAAACAUGAAGUUUUGAGCAACUAUGGUGAUGAUGAGGAUGAAAAGAUGGAAGAUGAAGUUGAGGAUUUGAGUAAAAAUUAAGAAUUUUUUAAAAAAAAAUUUAAGGAUUUUUUUGUGAAAAAAAAUGAAAUUAAAUUUCGUCAUAUCAAAAAAUGAAAUAUUUGAGGAAAAAAAUGUUUAAAUUUUAGGAAAGAAAUAAUAAUUUUUUGGAAGCUAAAUUUAGAAUUUAGAGUAAUAACAUUUUUUGGAAUGAUCAAAUGGGGUCAAAGUUAUCAUUUAUUGAGUAGCUUAUUGGUUAAAUUAGAUCGAGGCUGUUGCAUUGUGAAACCUUAAGUGAUCUGGAUCCACUUUAUUCAUAAAAAAUGUCGAGACUUGACCCUAUUAUGAAAUAUACUAUUCAAUAAAUACUAACUUUGCCAUCCUUUAAUAAAAAAAAAAUAAAAAAGUUCAACUUAUCAUGUAAAGUAUUUAAUGGAAAAAUGAUGUGGAAGUAAGGUUGUAAAUUAUUAAUUGAGAAAAUCAGAAAUGCACGCCACCAAUAAUUGACAAGUAUUAUUAAAUGUAUGAUAUUAAAAAGUAAUUAAAUAACAUUUAUUUUAAGGAAAUAACUUCAAAUCAAUAUUUAUUGGAUAAAACUAAGGCUAAGGCAUUAAUUAUAAAAAUUUUAAAAAAAUUUAGAAAUUUUUGUCGAAGCCUUGAAAUGGACAUCAAAAUGUGUUGAAAUUUCAUAGGAAAAUCUGGUCGUCGAAAUAAUAAAGAUGAUUAAUUUGUGAGAAAAAAAAUAAUGUCAACGUACCCAUAAUUUCUGUAUAAUGUGUAAAAAAUCCUGUUUCACUUAUCAUAAUAUAAAAAUUUAAAAUAUAACUUUAGUUGAAAUUCAAAUUUUUGUCGA